GAGUCCAAUGGUGUUUCAGCCGAUGGGAGCUUGUCAACAACUGCUCUGAGGCAGCAAAAGUGUCAUUUGGCUUGGGGCAACUUUGCUCAGACCUAUACUCACAUUUUCGCUUAAAGGCUUCUGCAAUCAUUAGUUUAAUGAUGCUGGAUUAGUCCGGUAAAGUGAGCUAAAGCGAUUAAGUCAUAGAUAUAUACCAAGCUCUUUAAAUGUCUGACAGUGAGGUACAGUUGUCAGAAGUUGGCUAGUUCCGAGCUAGCUUCACCUGCUAACGCCAUUGGACAGGCAGGAUUCAUUUAUUCUAGCAGAUUUACUAAGCUGUUUGUUCUUUACAAUCUUAAAGCAUAGGGGGACCUACCAUGGAUCCAUUUGACAGUCGCAAUUCAGAUUAGUCAUGGGUUUGACUGCAGCAGACAUCCACACUCCAUCGCCUUUAUAGGUACAUGACGCAUGAGCCUUAUCUAAGCAAACAUAAAGAUAGAAACAGCCCUCUGUGAGCGGGCAAAUCUACCCAGAAACAUGAUAGAAAACAGCAUGUUUGAAGAAGAGCCUGAUGUCGUUGACCUGGCCAAAGACUCAACUUCCUUCCCUACGUUUCCUCCCCUAGACCCCGAUGAUGUGGUGUAUGAACCGCGUAGCUCUCGGCUUCUUGUCCGAGGCCUGGGAGAGAAUGACUUGGAUGAUGAAGAGGAGGACUGUGAAUCUUCUGCUCGGCUCCUCGGCAUGUCCUUUAUGAACCGUAGCUCAGCUCAGAGAGUUGCCGCUUCAUCUUACACACGCCAGUCUCAGUCCAGGUCCUGCUCCCGACCCUCAGCACGCACCAUGGUUGUAUGUGUGCUCCUAUUAGUUAUAGUUGUCUCUAUGACAAUGGUACUGUACCUGUUACCAGAAUGUACUUUUACCAAGAACGGAUGCCCUAAACAGAACAAGACCAGUCCCCCUGAGUCACUCUAUCCCAUUUCCACUAAUGGGGAAGUAUUUCCUUGGGCACAGCUGCGACUGCCUCAAAGCAUACGCCCCCUCAACUACGAUCUCACCCUCAACCCCGACCUGGACAAAAUGACAUUCACUGGCCACAAUGUCAUCACAAUGUUUGUACGACAUGGCACUAAACACAUUGUUCUGCACAGCGUGAAUCUGAAUAUUACUAAAUCCACAUUUAAGCUUGGUGAUGGGAAGGCCACUGAUGUAACUGUUCUAGAGUAUAAACCAAAUCAACAGAUAGCUGUUAAGUUAACAGAGGAGCUCAAGGCUGGCCAGCGCUGUGUUUUGACUAUAGAUUAUUCAGCUAACCUGUCACACACUUAUGAUGGAUUUUACAACAGCUCAUACACUGACAAAGAAGGAAACAAAAAAGUGCUGGCUGCAACACAGUUUGAACCUCUGUCGGCAAGAAAGGCGUUUCCAUGCUUUGAUGAGCCCUCUUUCAAAGCCACUUUUCUAAUUAAAAUCAGUCACAAAGCGGACUACAUGGCUCUCUCCAACAUGCCCAAGGCAAAAACAACAAAGUUAUCAAACAAUUUGGUUCUGGAUGAAUUUGAGAAGACCAGUGUCAACAUGAGUACUUACCUUGUAGCUUUUAUUGUUGCCAAUUUCACACCAAUCAGCAAACAUGUCUCCAAUACCUUGGUAUCGGUUUAUUCUGUGCCAGAGAAAAAGGAGCACACCAGCUAUGCUCUUAAUGCAGCCUCCAAACUUUUGGACUUCUACAACAACUUCUUUGAGAUUCCCUAUCCCCUCCAGAAACUUGACUUGGUAGCGAUCCCAGAUUUCCUGGCAGGUGCAAUGGAAAACUGGGGUUUAAUCACCUUUAGAGAAACAAGUCUUUUAGUGGGCUCACAGUCAUCUGCGCUCGAAAAGCAAGUGGUUGGCUCAGUUGUAGCUCAUGAACUUGCCCAUCAGUGGUUUGGAAACCUGGUGACUAUGAGCUGGUGGAAUGACCUGUGGUUGAAUGAAGGCUUUGCAACUUACAUGCAAUAUACCUCAAUACAAAAUGUUUUGCCAGAGCUGGACAUUGAAAAUUUGUUCCUUGAUGUUCGGUUAAGAGUAAUGGAGAAAGAUGCUCUGAACUCGUCUCAUGCUGUUUCCACUGAGGUUAGCACACCAGAGCAGGUGGAGGAGAUGUUCGACUCUGUGUCAUAUGAAAAGGGAGCAUCUAUUCUCCUAAUGCUGAAUGCCUCCCUCCCAGGAGAACAGCAGUUUAGGAAAGGGAUCAUACAAUACUUGAAGCAAUUCAGUGAACUAAAUACAUACACAAAUGACCUCUGGAACAGUCUCACACAGGUGGAACUGUCCUCACAACACCAGAACGUGUCUGAGAUGAUGAGUUUGUGGACAUCACAGAAGGGUUUUCCCCUGGUCACAGUCAGUUACACAGGAGAUGAAGUCAUUCUAUCCCAGGAGCACUUUUUACUAACGUCUGAUAAUGCCACACUUUCCUCCAGUUUGUGGCACAUCCCUGUGAGCUACAUCAAUGACAGCUGUAGUUUGGCUCCUGAGUGCAGACAACUGUUCACCCUAAAGACAAAAUCAGAGACAUUAAAGUUGCCAGAAAAGGUAAAAUGGUUAAAGUUGAAUUACAAAAAUACUGGCUUUUACAUUGUUGACUAUGGAAAAGAAGGGUGGAGUGAACUCUCUGAUGCUUUGGCAAAUAAUUACCAAGUACUAACAAGUGAAGAUCGAACAUCCUUGAUACACAACAUUUUUGCCCUCUCCAGGCUUGGACGUGUGUCGUUUCAGCAGGUUCACCAGCUCCUGAAAUAUUUGUCCAAUGAAACUGAGACCACUCCGAUCACAGAAGCAUUGUUACAACUCAACACCCUUUACAGACUGCUUGAUAAGCGCCAUGAGCACGAACUUGGGACUCGUUUAAAGGAGUAUAUGCUCAAUCUGUUUGGAGCUUUAAUUCAGAACCAAACAUGGGGUGAAAUAGAGCGAGUUUCAAAACAAGAACUGCGCUCAGCACUGCUAGAGACAGCCUGUCAUUUUAAUGAAGAAAGUUGCAUUGAGAAUGCCCAAGACAUUUUUAAAAACUAUGUUGAAUCUAAUGGGACUGCAAUCAUCCCUGGAGAUUUGCAGCAAGUUGUUUUCAAUGUCGCUGCACAGUCAGACAACUGGUCUACUCUGUUGACUUUAUACGGAAAUGCAAGCUAUGAUUCAGAAAAAAGAAAGAUGCUAAAGGGCUUGGCCUCUACCCAAAACCCUCAACAGAUUGUGUGGAUUUUACAAGAAGGACUCAGAGGCCAAAUAGUUCAGACUCAGGAGUUGCCUUUAGUCAUUGGCACUGUGUGUAAUGGCUUUGCUGGUUACUUGUUUGCUUGGGAUUUUAUUCAAGAAAACUGGGACAGACUCAUAGAAAAAUUUCCUGUUGGAUCUUUUGCAAUUCAAAGAAUUAUCAAGUCUGCAACCUCUCAGUUUUCCACUAAGACACACCUUGACCAGGUGCAGAAUUUCUUUUCUGGCUUGAAGGAGCGUGGAUCCAGCAUGAGGAGUGUACAGGAGGCUGUGGAGACCAUUAAACUCAACCAGCGCUGGAUGGACACUAACCUGGCCUCUUUCAGAAAAUGGCUUUAGUAACUCACUCCAUACUGGACAUGUUCUCAAGACAAAAGCAGAGUUUGCACUAUUGGAGGCCAACAUCCCAGUCCCCUUCUUACUCAGGCCAGGAACAUAACCAAAGCCUAAGAUAGACCUCAAGACCUAGUUUUGAGGUAAAUAAGGUGAUGUUGUUGACAUUGGCCCAUUUAGUACUAGAUUUUAGCUCAGGGCGGCCCUUGAUUGUAUGUCUGAUGGGCUUCUGUCAGAUCCAGUUCACACUCCUCACACUUUAUGCUGUUGACCAAACUGCUCCUGUGUUAUUAUAAUCUCAGUAUUGUGUCCAACCAGACAAUCACAAAAUCCUUAUUCAUAUGUGCUGAAUAAAAGCAACACCUGAAAUCUUUAGCAUUACAAUGAGCACAGAUGUGUUAACUGAAACAGACAGUGCCAAAUAUACAGAUAUACUCAUCAAACAGAAAAACAUUCAAGCCACUGGCUUUCUCACGUUGACAAGUAGCACUGACUACAACCUUUUUUACCUUAGUAAUAGACUGCUCAUAAAAAGCAACCUUGGGGUGCAUUAGUUGAAUGUAAUAAAACCACCCACUGUGCAAAGUGUGCUGCAGUGGAGCACAUUUAAUGGCCAUCGUGUCUUGACUUGGUGCGUGCAGUGCACAUAAAGUCACAUCUCCAACCCCACAUUAGCUUUAGCAUUAGCUGUAAGGUUUCUAGCUGUAAGCCACGCUUGCAUUGCUUAUGUAAAAACUGUAAGUAUAAUGUAAAUAAAUUAAACAUUAAUUUAAUGAUAGGUUGUGGACAAAGACGUUUAAGAGGAAACAGGAAGAUGAUCACAGGUGUCGGCAAAUACUUUUACUCCUAACUUAUUAUGCCACACAGUGAGCCUGUUGGCAUUUCAGUGUUUCAAGGGCUUUGUGUACAUGAUUGGUACAUGCAGUACCAAGAAAAUUUACUUUAUAGAAAUGCCUCUAUAUUUAUUUUAUUGUAAGUAAAAGUGUAACAACAAAGCGUGCACACAAUGUUACUUCUGUUUUUUAUAUUAUUUUAUAUUGUUACGUUGGAAAUCAAAUCACAAAAAUAUUUGCAAAUCUUUCUUGUUUCUGUUACACUUCCUCUUUAGAGAUGGGACUCACAGCUAUUGUCUGACCCCAGGCUGCCCAUUAAAGUAUGGACUGGGGGGGAUGAAUACGUAAUAAAAAAUGUAUCAGUUUUUGCAUGUCAAGAAUUCAUCUGUAAGGAUUGUUGUCCAAUCUAUUUAUUGUCUGUCUUUUUGGUGCAAAACUGAAUCAAACUUUCUACAGAUCUCAGCAGCGCCUCUUGGGCCAAAUCAAAUCCUAUGAAGGAUCUAGAAUUACCAACUUUGGGAUUCUAGCUUGGUCAUUUAUAGAUUGGCCAGAAUUACACCAAAAAUCUUAUGUUGCGUUGGAUCCAGUGUAACCACUUACAGCAAAUAGUUUUUUUUGUUUUUUGUUUUUCUUCAAAGCUCUUGGAUUAGGGGCAACAUUGUGCUGCAGUCUGCAAAUGUGCAAACAUUGCUUUUAAUUAAUGAAAUCUGACAAUAGACAUGUAGUUGGUACACAUUAUAUUUUUAUUUAUAGUGAAUACAAUUUCACAUUUACUCUCAUUUCAUCUAAACAGUUGGCAUAUCCAGAUCCACCACUAGAGGUCUUCAGAGCGUGAAGUCACUGUAUCUUUUUAUGCUGUUUUUGUUUUGAAAUUGGAUCUUUCAAAAAAGAAAAGAAAGAAAAAGGCAUACCUUUUAUUGAGAGUCUAUUCUAUAUUCUGAUUUUCUCUUUUGGGGUGCUAUUGUAAUAGUUAAUUCAAAAUAUAUAUUUGUAGUCAACCCAGGUCAUUUGAAAUAUAACUUCAAGUGAACAUCUUUGACAUUUAAAGAUAACAACACUUAUAUUUAUUACUAAAUUGCAUCUUUAUAAUGUCAGAAUACAAAACGAGCAACACUGAAAAAACUAAAUUGGCACACGAUGAAAGUAGUAACAGAACCAUUUCUCAUAACAGGAAGUUCAAGUUGUUCUGUACUCAACACAGUUAUUAAUUAGUUUUAUAUUAUUGUGAAUUGCACUUGCCAUGUCAUUAAAGUUAUAAAUCCCCACCUCAA